AUCAUAAUGUAUUUGUGUCAAUGAUGGAUCCAUGGUUGUGUUGUCAGGAAAACAAUCCUGUUUCGAAAAAAACCACGACAAAAUUCGAAUUCGAAGACAAUUUUAGGCCUUCGGCGAACGAUAAGCUGCCGGAUUCUCGAGAAUACUUGGCCAUUUUAGAAGAAAAAUUGAAGAGGAUCAAAAACGACCCGGACAUUUUGGCGCAAUUGCGGGCCAAGAAGGAGGCGUGCAUGAGAGAUUUGUUGGGUGCAACAGGGACGGAACGAUUUGACGAAGAACUGAUCGAUUUCGAAUUCGAGGGAUCAUCGUCGGUGAUCGGUUCGCAAUUGGUCAGAGCUCUGGCGCCUCAAAAACAGGCGUUGAAUAGAGGCGAAAUACUCAGGAUCAUCGAACACGAUCAAUUCGAGGACGAUGGUGUUGAUGAUGAUAACGAGAAGGCUGUGAAUACCUUGAAUUAA